UCUCAUGCAUUCCAGGAAGGCGCAGCCAUAAUAAUAUCUGCUGCAACUCACUUAGCUCUAGAGCGAGAUUUAAUUUCUAUUGUAGCCUCGAUAGUAGUACUACUAUUCUCCUCACGCGGUCCUGAUGGACCCACUAAAGAAGGAGCUAUGGAGACUCAGGUUUAACUGGCUGUUCACUCUCCUGAUGGUCCCACUGUACUCCGUUAGUCAGAUUGGCAUUUCUUCUUCUUUUCACCAGUUUGUCACUAAUCCAAACGUGCAGCAGAUACAAAAUGAGACAUAUAAAAAGCUUGAGCCAGGACUUGGGGAGACAGAAACAUUUUACUCACUCCUGAUUGCAGGAUUCGAGUUUGGAGGAAUGGUUGGAGGGUUUGUGUCGGGUGUUCUUGUGGGAUACGUUCCCUACUGGUACUUGUGGGCAAUCGCUUUCGUAACUCAUAUAUUGGGCUACAUCAUGUAUUGUGUUGUUAGUCAAGGGUGGUUGAUCAUGAUAUCAAGACUGUUGGCAGGAUACAUCUUAGGAUCCUUGGUAACGCUAAGUUUUGCCUAUUUCUCAAGCAGUAGUGAAGAAUAUGUUGAGACACAGAAGAAGUUAGGAAUAAAAACUGAUGAAAAAUCUGUCGAAAAAGCUAGGAAUAUGCUGUUUACGGCUUCAGCUUUUGGGUACAGCGCUGGAUUCAUCAUUGGACCUGGUGCUGCCGUAAUAUUUGCUCAGUUUGAGUACAUAAACCAGUUCAAAGCCAUUGGAUGGUUUAACGUUGCCUACGGAGUGGUAGGCUUGCUUCUUCUUGUGGUAAUGUUUCGUGGUGAAAUGAAAUGGAAGAGGGUCAGAGUGGAUCAGUGUAUGCGUUGUCCUAAAGAAAAAGAAGGGUCAACAACCAAAGCUUGUGGCGGAGUUGGUCUGCUACCACUAUUUAUUAUCCUUAGUCUGUUCGUGCUCUCGCUCACUGAACGAACUAGAUAUGCUGUAAUUCAAACACUUGCUAAUCCCAUAGCAAGUGACUCCUUUGGAAUAAAUGAGAGAGAUGCCUCGUACAUUUUCCUUGUACUUGGACUGCCACAGUUUGGUGGAGCAAUAUCAUUGCUGAUUUUCCAGUGUGCACGGCUCUCCAACCAGGGAAUUACACUAGUGGGAAUUCUGACCACCGUAACUGGUUAUCUUCUGUUGACUGAUUUUCAAGCUAUACCCUACGAUCCAUGCACAGAGUACAGUCCAUUCCAUCAUCCUGAUAUUACUGAUUACUACAAGUUUCCGUUAUCUAACGAAAGUCUCAGGAAUACCACAUCACAAUCGAUGAGUACAUCUUUGCCAAAACUGAAAGGCAUACAAUUUUCGUCUAAUCUUGAUGUUAAAGUUGGUGAUGGCCCAUUGUUUCAUACUAACUUUGGAAUGACGAGUAAAUUUCUUUGUCAUCAGGUACAAGAUUGCUUAUGUGAUCUUUCAACUCCUUGUGUACACUAUCCAUUGUUUUCUGAUAUAAAUGUGAAGUUGGAUUCUAAAGAUUUGUAUAAGUGCAAUUCUAGCGAAAGUCAUAUGAUAGUUUGUGUACAUUUACCACACGAUCAAAUUUCACCACAAAACUCGCGUGAAAUUUCAACUCCGGAAUUUGCUGAAAUCGAAAGCAUCACUGUACUACCAAAAACGUUGUACUUUAUAGCUCGAAACAGCUGCAUUGAGGCGAAUGUGACUGGUCACCAGUGUCACUGGAUACCCUCGUCCACAAUCACCAAGAAGGAGUGUGAAGACUGUCAGCCCAUCUGUAGGAGCGUGAGCCAGACACUCACUUUCCCUCAGUUCUCUAUAGGCAUGGGAUUGCUCAUCUACUCCAGUUCACUCCAACUACCGCCGAUAGUGGCAUUAAUAACGAACCAAAGUCCCAAGCACUUACAAGGCUUUAUCAUUGGAUGUAUGUCAGCUACAAACUUUAUUAUGCGAACUGUCUCACCACUAAUACUGGAUGCUUUGUACGAGAAAGUGCAGAAGCGGACGUUUAUCGUCACACUGAUAAUGGUCCUUGCACACAUUCCCUUUGUCAUUGAGAUUAUCGUGCUUUACUCAAAACUAGGGCCAAGAACCGACCUUGACAAUCAACCCAAGUAUUCCAAGUUAGAGCAAGAGGAAUCGAAACUAGAUAAUGUUGAUGAUUAGGUUGAUUUUAAUAUUUCUUUUGGAGUACCGUAUUUAAGAUCAUGUGUAGCUAUAGUAUUAAUCUACAUCUUAAAGUGGA